CGUCGCUGUUGUCAGGUCCCCAUUCAAAUCGUUAUUAGGAUAAUAUAUUAAGUCUGCUCGACAAUAUCACGCUCAUUGUGGUUCAAAGCGUCAGGUAGGGAAGCUAAACAUGCAAUCCGUAAAGCUCAAUGUCGGCGGUCAUUACUUCACAACAAGUCUUCAAACACUGACCAAAGAUCCAAACUCCAUGUUGGCUGCCAUGUUCUUAGAGACAUUUGAAAUGAAACCUUCUGAAGACGGUGCUUUCUUUAUCGACCGAGAUGGAACUCACUUUCGGUUUAUACUCAAUUAUCUUCGCACUGGGAAAUUAACUUCACCAGAAGGAGAAGCAGCUCUUAAGGAACUGCAGGAAGAAGCUGAGUUUUAUCAGAUCGAAGGCCUCAUAGAGAAAUUAAAAGUAAAUUCGGAGAGUUUAACAAGCGUGAAACUGAAUGUAGGCGGCCACCACUUCACAACAAGUCUUCAAACACUAACUAGAGACCCAAACUCGAUGCUGGCUGCCAUGUUCUCAGGGAAGUUUCCAAUGGAACCUCAUGGAGACGGCGCUUUCUUCAUCGACCGAGAUGGAACUCACUUCCGGUUUAUACUUAAUUAUCUUCGCACUGGGAAGCUAACUUUUCCAGAAGGAGCCACAGCUCUCGCGGAAUUUAAAGAGGAGGCUGAUUUUUACCAAAUUCAGGGGAUUUUAGACGAGUUAGAUGACACAAGGCUGAAGUCGGAGAUUUUGACAGACGAAGAACACCGAAGCAUUCUGGUCAGCUGGUUGCCUCCUAAGGGAGAGAUAGGCAGAAGACGUCGCUAUCGUCUUCUGUUCCGAGCUUCUCGAGAUGGUUUCUCAGCUGCGACUUUUCACUCCAAAUGUGACGACAAAGGACCAACAAUAACCAUUGUGCAGAGUGGAGACAACAAAUUUGGUGGCUUUACAGAUAGCUCUUGGGGGAGAGAUAGUGACGAAAAUUGUAGAGAGGCAUUCUUGUUUAGUAUGGUCAACCCAUUUGGCUCUGCACCAACUAAAAUGUUGUUACGUCCUGACCCAGAGGUGAAUUGGAGCGGCAGACCAGGAGGAAAAAGCUCCAAUCUGCCGAUUCUAGUUGGCAUUUUACCUGAAGCGCAAAGUGGACCAGCAUUUGGUUCGCGACAGGAAGAUACUUUUCGGCGAUACGACCUGCUCAUCUCAGGCAACGCUAACGUAAGGGAUUCAAGUUCUGAAAGCCUUGGCGCGUCAUAUCAGUGCCCUGAAGGAUAUAAGGGAACUUUCUUCACAGGGAAAAGAUCUUUCAUGGUAUCAAAUUAUGAAGUGUUUGAGGUCUUUAAUUGACAUAAGGUAAUUUUUCGAAGACAGAAACGAUGUAGGCGCCCCUCCCCCCCCCCUCCAUUACCUUAUUUAGGACUUAAAAGCGUGACAAUAGCAACAUGUGAUUUCAAAAUGGGUGUAAUAAGGGCACGAUAUUAACACUUGUGAAUUGAAGGAAACACGCAUUAGUUUCGAAAUACACGACGACUAGUUCAAACUACUUUAA